UGAGAACUGGUUUGUGUGCUUAUAAUUUGGUUUCUAAGGGAACAAGCAUUUUUAUAUUUUUGUAUUACUGUAGGGUCUUUACCUUACAAUGAACAAAAGCACCAUAAGGCAACUGUUUGCUGUGAUUUGGCGCUAUAUAAAUAAAACUGAAUUGAACUGAACUGAAUUGAAUUGAAUUGAAGUGAACUGAUAUGUACUGCAGGCUCAGUGAGGGCCUGCCAACUAUUUUCUGCCCUGGGGUCCCUGAGGAGGUUGAUCCAGCACUGAAGACUGUGGCUGAGGAGAUGCUGCAAACAGACAGGAGUGGAAUGGAAUGUUCAGAACUGAUGUAGCUGUUCUAUAGAACCUUAUAAAAAGAUUCUUUAGGUUUAAAUAAUUCACUUCACCAACAGACGCCGCUGUGUCAACACCUACUCCGAAGAGCUACAAACAAACUUUUUUGAAUAUUUUACACCAAAGUACAGAAAGAGCACCUCAACCUCCGUCACGAAGAUGGACAGAGCAAUGGUUAACUGUACUGCAGAGGAUGCAACAUUUAACCUUUUGGGGCAAACACCCACACUGUUUCAGUGGCCUGUAAAUUGUGUCCCCACAGUAGCAGCAGCAGCACCCAUCAUUCAUCCUGCUGCUCCUUCAAACCUAUAUAACAAUGUGCUCAAUCUCCCGAAUUACGUGGUGGAGUACCUCCGUCCUAUGGGAGAACUGAACGGAGUCUUGGUGUCUGACUUUGCGUCCUUUGCUCCUCCGCUCCGCACACCCGCUCCAAAAAAGAGGAAGCGUGAUGGCCACCAGGAUGAGGACAGGCCAUAUGUUAAAAAGCCCCCGAACGCCUUCAUGCUCUUUUUGAGGGAGCAGAGGGAAAACGUGAAGGCAGAAUUGAAAAUAAACGGGAGUGCGGCUGUGAAUGCAGCUGUGGCAGAGAGGUGGAAGUCCCUGUCAAAGGACCAACAGGACAAAUACUAUGAGCAGGCCAAUGAGGAGAAAAUGCUCCAUAGCCAACAACAUCCAGGCUGGUCUACUAAAGACAAUUAUGGCAAAAAGAGGAUGAGAAUUCGGGGCGCGCCCUGCAGCAGAGCAUCUGCACCUAAACCUGCGCAGGAACCUGAACAGGCCAAGUGGCCAAGUGUGAACAUGCCUGCGUAUGGCACGUUCCACUUGCCGCAAGUAAAUCACGUCCUCCCUACAGCUCAUACAAACCCCCCUGCAUCUACAUCAUACUCUCCUUAUGUUUACCCCUGCAUUGGUCCUGCUACUCCUGUGGAUUCCCCUCCAUCCACAGUUGUACCAACUGAACCAAUCGCCACCUUCACUGGCGACACUGCUGAAGACCUCUUAUCAGCACUUGAACACCUCGAUCCCCUUCUUCCUGCUCCACUGCCUCAGGAGCCUGUCUUCCUUCACUCAGACCCUGGCUCGGGUCCUGCUACUCCUGUGGAUUCCCCUCCAUCCACAGUUGCACCAACUGAACCCAUGGCCACGUUUGUCGGCGACACUGCUGAAGACCUGUUAUCAGCGUUUGACCACCUCGAUGCCUUUCUUCUUGCUCCACUGCCUGAGGAGCCGGUCUUCCUUCACUCAGACCCCUGCUUGGGUCCUGCUCCUCCUGUGGAUUCCCCUACAUCCACCCUGCUGGCCUCACCAGUCUUAACAAUCAAACCCAUGUCUGCCUUCUUCUGCGACCCUGAAGAAGACCUCUUGGCACUGCUGAAAUAG